GGUAACAUCUCGCUUCAGACGGAACGGCUCAAAACGACGAAACGAGAGAAGAGAAGCGAAAAAAAUAAAAAAUGUCAGAAGAAAACACAGCACAGCGGAAGCCAAGAGGGCGCGAUUCAAGUUCAAAUCCCUUUAGGUUCAAGAAAGACCAGAAAGAAACAGGCGAAUUACAGUCUUUAACACCGCGAGUCGAUAUCAAACCCGAGACAAAGCCAGGUAGUCCGACUUUUGUUUAUUCUCGAGAAACGAGCGACAUCACAACCCCUGUAUCGGCUCAUACUCUGAGGCUCUUAGAAGCUGUCCGCGAGGACAAGUUGGAAUUCGUCGAAGAAGAACUCGGCCACUUGAACAAGCAAGAGAUCGAUAAGACCGACAGACAUGGCUUCGCGCUUAUUCAUGUCGCAGCUCGUUACAACUUACACAGAAUCGUGAACGCUUUGUUAAAACAUAGAGCAGAUGUUAACAUUGGCACAAGUGAAUACCGGUGGACACCCCUUCAUUUAGCUGCCAGGUUCAAUGGUCUCUCCACCGUUGACGCUCUUUUACAAGGGGGUGCCGACCCUUCAAUCAAAGGCAAAAAGGGAAGCACUCCAUUGCACUUUGCAGCGCGCAGAGGAAACGAAGAGAUCGUUAAAGUCCUUUUAGAGCACCCGAAAGUCAAAGUUGAUGCAAAAGAUAGCUCUGGAAAAACUGCGUUGCACCUGGCCUGUAGUGAAGGACAUUGCAGAGUCUGCAAGCUUCUACUGAACAAAGGAGCAGACAUCAAGGCAGUUACGGCAGACAACACGACUCCUCUACACAACGCCAUUCUGAAUGGGCAUUCACAGGUGGCAACAAUGAUACUUAACCGAGCCGCUGACAGAGAUGUUGAUACGACUGAAAAGCAACUGGUGGGGAACAAGGACUUACAGGACAACACUGUUUUGCACAUGGCUGCUUUGAAUAACGAUGUCAAGACCGCUGAACUGUGUCUUGACCAUGGCGCAGACGUCAACACUAGGAAAUCUAAGGAAACCACGCCACUACACAUAGCGGCUGCUAAAGGGAAUCUUGAGAUGGCGGAGUUGCUAAUAUCAAGAGGAGCUGGUGUUAACAUGAAAGAUGGAGACUCCAAAACACCGCUUCACAGGGCUUCUCAGUUUAACCAAACAAAACUCAUUUCGCUUCUCGUUGAAAAGGCAGCCAAAGUGAACAUACAUGAUGGUGAGGGCCAAUCGCCAUUCCUGAACGCCGUAGCUGCAGGGCAUAUUGACUCCGCCAGGGUGCUAAUUAAAGCUGGUGCUGACGUGAAUGCAACCGAUUUGCUCAUGAAAACUUGUGUUCAUAUCGCGGUGGAAAAUGAGCAGUUAAAGAUCCUAGCAAUGCUUCUGGAGAGUCGUCACGGUACAAGAAAUCUGUACAAAGCGGAUCUGUGGGACAGGGUUCCUUUGCACUACGCUGCCAAGUCAAAAGAUAUCAAGAUUUUAGAGCUGGUCUUAUCCAAGCAAAAAUAUUUGUCAUAUCGAGAUGAGAAUCAAAAGACACCUCUUCAUCUCGCAGCAGAAUCUUCCUCGUCCAAACACGUGGAACUAUUGGCCAGGGGAAUGCCUGGUGUUAAUGAACGAGAUGAACUUGGACGAACACCUUUGCUCAAUGCGGCUAGAAAAGGACAAAGAAAAACUUGUGAGACACUUCUCAAAUUGGGAGCGGAAGUUGACAGCAGGGAUAAUAACUCCCGAACAGCUCUAAUGUGGUCUGUAAAGAGAAACCACCUGCAAUGUGCCCAGAUUCUACUGGAUUUCAAAGCCACCAUUGACCUUCAAGACACAAAUGGUGACUCUGCAUUACACAUGGCGUGUGGACUGAGUCACGCAACGAUAAUGCGUCUACUUUUGGACCGCGGGGCAAGUUUGACGCUUCGCAAUAAACGAAAGUAUAGUUGUUUGGAAAUAGCAGCAAAAGCGGGAUCCUCUGAUGCUGCCAUGGCAAUUGCGAAACACAAAAGAUGGGUGGAACUCGAAAACUACCAGACAAAAACUGGGCAGACUUCAAUCUCACUCCUGAUUGAAAAUUUUCCCGAAGCGGCUGAAGUUGUCCUCAACCAAUGCAUGCAUCACUCUCCACACCUCAACACUACCGACCCAGAAUAUACAGUCACGUACGACUUUAAGUAUUUGGAUCCUGGUCCAGAGGUAAAGGACUGCAGCAGAAGGUUUUCUGCAGUUAAAACGAUGAUCAAGCAUCAACGCGAGCGGCUCCUUCUUCAUCCUCUCACACUGAAAUACCACGAAAGAAAAUGGAUCACGUUAGGAAGGUUCGGAUUUAUCUUCGACUUUGUCACCUAUUUCAUCUUGCUGGUACUUCUCAGCAUAUUUGUAGUCGAGCAAAGGGGAGGCGUGGAUUUCAGACCUCCGAAUGGCGCUGACAUGCCACCAAAUAUGACCACAUCUGGAGAAGCCUACAAUCCAAAGCCUUCUGAUAUUUACAAGAAGGAUUCUGCCUUUUCGAAAUCAGUGCCAUACAUUGUCUUGCUUUUCGCCAUAUUGCACAUAUGCAAAGAAUUUUUUCAGAUAUACAUCCAGCGUUGGAAGUAUUUUAAGGAAUUUUCCAAUUACCUCGACUGGAUCUUAUAUAUCAGUACUACCAUCUUCAUGGCGCCCUAUGUUACCUCUCUUGAUGCCCUCGAUGAAAGGUUCUCAAGCAUGAAGGACCCACGUGAUAUUUGGAUUCUUGGGGCUGUGGCAAUUUUUGUGUGCCAUAUCAACAUGAUGCUGUUCCUUAGAAGAUAUCGACUGUUUGGCACUUAUAUCUCAAUGUAUCUUGAAGUGACCAAGACUGUGUUUCAAGUAAUGGCGGUAUUUGUUUACCUCAUCGUGGCAUUUGCACUGGUCUUUUUCAUCCUCUUUAAGGAACAGGCUGGAUUCCACACCGUGGCUCUGUCCACACUUCGUGUGUUGGUUAUGAUGAUUGGAGAGCUCGACUUCGGAGCAACCUUCGUGGAUACAUCUUCACACCAAAAUCCGGCAAAUCCAUUCCCAUCCGUAGCAUACAUUUUUCUCUUCUUGUGCUUGUUUUUGUUGAGCGUUGGACUGAUGAAUCUCUUGGUUGGUCUGGCCGUUGGAGAUACCGAGAAAAUGAAAAAGCUAGCUACAAUCAAGAGACUUGCUCUGCAGAUUAAGUAUCAUAUUGAAAUAGAAGAGUCGUAUCCUGGUUUCAUCACCCAAGCUGUUUACGAAGAGGUUUAUGAUGACAAGCCUAAUAACCACUCCAUACUUCUUAGAGUGAUGGAAUGGCUACAAGCACGAUAUGCUGAAGGCCCUCUAGAACCAUUGGCUGAAGAAAGCAAAUCGGCUGAAUUCAUUGAGCUACGAGAGGAGAUGAUGAAGAACAAGAAAAGGAGCAAAGCAGUUGUGACUAUGUUGGAGGCACAGAACAAGUUACUCAGAAGCCUAGCACUAUCAAUUAACCCUAAUUUUCAGCUGCCAGAAGGUAUCGAGAGAGCUAGCUGGACUGCAGAUUGUACAGAUGAUAUAGAUGGAAUGCAUCGAUCGUCCCUUGAGGUUGUGGAGGAGCUGAACGAAGAGCCCACAGAUGAGAAUGCUUCAGAUGCUCUUUUUGAGGAUGACUCGUAGAAGCAGCAUUCAUGCGAGCGACGGAGCAGUCUCGCUGCAGCACUUCUUAUACGUAGUCAAAUUACUCGUCAGCUGACACCCCUUGAGCCAGAAAUAGUGUUUAAUUGGGAGAGACGUUCCGAGGGGGACUCCCAAAACAAAAAGGACGGGGCUGCUUGUCGGAAAUUCUGAAAACAACCCGAGAGAAGUACCAAGAUCUUGCUUUGUGGGUGUGGUUUGAGAUUUGUUUUACAUCCAAGAGGUACUAAUUCUAAAACAACACGUUUUUACUUCUGCUCAAUACCCUAAAAGGCACCACAAAAGCUCCCGUUGUGGAUCUUUUGUGGCUGAACACCUUAAGAGGUACCAAAAUCACCUUUUAUUACUCCUGAAAGGUACGACGAUCACCCCCGACCUU